AUGUCAGAAAAAGAAGAAUUAAUUAAAUUAUUUUCAGAGAUUGGUUUAGAUAAUUCCAAGGCUAAAGAAACCACCAAUAAUAAUACAUUAUCAAAAAAUUUAAAAGAUAUUAUUGUUGAAGCAGGUGUUGAAAAAGGAUGUGAAAAAUCAAUUGGUUUAUUAUUAUACACUUUAGCCACCAAAUAUCCAGCCAAUGCAUUAAAGCAUCGUCCAACUCUUUGCAAAUAUAUCGUAAAUAAAACUGUUACAGCAAUUAAUUUAACAGCUUGUUUAGAGUUUCUUCGUCGUACCGCUAAUGAAGAAUUAGAUGUAGCCGAAUUCGAAAGUCAAUGUGGUGUUGGUGUAGUUAUCACCCGUGAACAAGUUAAAGAAGCUGUCAAGAAUUAUAUCGAUACAAAUAAAGAACAAUUACUCGAAAAACGUUAUCAAUUCAACAUUGGUGGUGUUCUCAAUGAAAUUAAAAACCAAUUAAAAUGGGCCAACUCCAAAGAUAUUAAAGAUGAAGUUGAUGAAGCUAUUCUCGCAUUAUUAGGUCCAAAAACUGAUGCUGAUAAAGUCGUUCCAGCUAAAGCAAAACCAGCUGCUGCUAAAGAAACUGCCAAUACUAAAGAUACCAACAAUGCCGCUGCUAUUCCACUUGAUAUUAAAAUCGAAAGAGAAGAAAUUAAAUUCCCAGAUCCAAGUGAUAACAUUCAAAAUACACCAAAGCUUUUAGCUGAUCACUUAAAAGUUACCGGUGGUAAGGUUGUUACUCGUUUCCCACCAGAACCAAACGGUUAUCUUCAUAUUGGUCAUGCUAAAGCCAUGCAUUUAGAUUUUGGCUAUGCUAAAAAGAUGGGUGGUAAAUGUUAUCUUAGAUUCGAUGAUACCAAUCCAGAAAAAGAAAACCAAGAAUAUAUCGACUCUAUUAUCGAUUCAGUUAAAUGGUUAGGUCACGAACCAUGUGAAAUUACUUAUUCAUCACAAUAUUUUGAUGAACUUUAUGAUUUAGCUAUCGAAUUAAUUAAAAGAGGUUUUGCCUAUGUAUGUCACCAAACUGCUCCAGAAAUUGCCGAAGGUAGAGAAAAAAUGACAGAUUCACCAUAUAGAAAUAGAUCAGUAGAAGAAAAUCUUAAAUUAUUUGACGAUAUGAGACAAGGUAAAUUCGAAGAAGGUAAAGCAAUUUUAAGAAUGAAAGGUGAUAUGAAACAUCCAAAUCCAUGUAUGAGAGAUUUAAUCGCCUAUCGUAUCAAAUAUCAUCACCAUCCAGUUAGUGGUGACAAAUGGUGUGUCUACCCAUCAUACGAUUACACCCAUUGUCUCGUAGAUUCAAUCGAAAAUAUUACCCAUUCACUUUGUACUUUAGAGUUUGAAAUUAGAAGAUUAUCAUACAAUUGGUUAAUUGAUGUUCUUGGCCUCUACAGACCAGUAGUUUGGGAAUACUCAAGAUUAAAUUUAACUCAUACCGUUUUAUCAAAAAGAAAGAUUAUCACUUUAGUACAAAAUAAUUUUGUAUCAGGUUGGGAUGAUCCAAGAUUAAGCACCUUAAAUGCUUUCCGUAGAAAGGGUUAUACACCAGAAGCCAUUAAUUUAUUAUGUGAAACUGUUGGUGUUACUCGUACCAAUAACACUACUAUUCCAUUUGAAGUUUUGGAAUACUGUUGUCGUCAAGAUCUUGAUGGUAGAGCUAUCCGUGCUAUGUGUGUAUUUGAUCCAAUCAAAGUAGUUAUCACCAAUUAUCCAGAAAAUGAAAGCGAAGAAAUCUCUGCACCAAAUAUUCCAUCCAACCCAGAAAAAGGUACCCACAAAAUCGAUUUCUCACGUAUUGUUUAUAUUGAUAGAAACGAUUUCCGUAUGGUCGACAAUAAAGAUUUCUUUGGUUUAGCUCCAAAUAAGGAAAUCCUCCUCAAAUACGCCUACAACAUCAAAUGCAACGAAGUCAUCACCGACGAAACUGGCAAAGUUACUGAACUCCGUGUAACCUACGACAAAGACAACACCACCAAAAAAGUUAAAACUAUCCACUGGGUAUCAGCACCAGCCGGUGAAGAACCAGCCAAGGCUGAAGUUAGACUCUAUGAUCAUCUCUUUAAAGAAUCCGAACUUGGUGAUGAUUGGUUAGAAAAAGUUAAUCCAAACUCCUUAGUCGUUAUUCCAAAUGCUUUAGUCGAUAAAACUGUAAAAGACUCCAAACAAUAUGAUCGUUACCAAUUCGAACGUGUUGGUUAUUUCUGUGUCGACAAAGAUUCAACUACCGAUAAAUUAGUUUUCAAUAGAACUGUUUCAUUAAAAGAAAAUAAAGAAAAAGCUAAAGCUAGAAAUUAA